AUGGCGGCCCCAGAAUUUGAGGCGGUUCGCGUCUACAAGGAGGUGGUGGAUCGUCUUCUGGAGCGUGCAGCCCAGGUCAAGCCAGACUCACAGAUUGAACCCCCGUUGACCGAGGGGGUCCUGGGCGAGCCGAUCUGGCGAGUGCCAGGCGAGAAACAAGAGAUUGUGAAGCAGCUCAACCCGCAGACUCAGUUUGCUGCCGUGGAGAUCGCGUUCCGCGAGAAGUUCUAUCGUAUCCUGGGCUCAACUUCGAUCGACGACCCUUCCUUCAUCCACAUCUGGAACCUGCUCGACAUCGUUUCUAUUUUUUCCGACAACGAACAAUGUGAACCUGGCCUCAUCUUUUGGCUAAUCGAGGAGCUGCUGGACAGUCAAACAAUCAAUGGCUGUCGUAAAGUUUUUGACUAUCUCGAGUCGCGCCGGGAGCGGAAUAUUAAGAAACACUUCAAACAGAAGAGUCUGGUCAUCCUAAGAUCCUGCAACGAGCUCCUCCGCCGGUUGUCCCGCGCAGAAGAUACGGUAUUCUGUGGCCGAGUCUUCAUCUUCCUAUUCCAAAGCUUCCCACUAGGCGACAAGAGUUCCGUGAACCUGCGCGGCGAGUUCCAUACCGAAAAUGCCACAACCUAUGACGAUAUCCCCAAGGCAAUUGCGGAGAAUGACGAAGACACAACCAUGACCGAAGGGAAUGAGGCUUUUUCACCAACUGAGACGUCAGCGGAGGGCAGCACACAGCCGGAGGAGUCGAGCCAAGUUCCAAAGCUCGUGGUCACUGCAGACAAAAAAGGCAAGGCAAAAGAGAAGGUGGACCUAGAUGCCCUUUACCCGGUGUUCUGGAGUCUACAAGGCUACUUCUCUGCCCCAAGCAAGUUGUUCGACACCGAGCGUUUUGCCGAAUUCAAAACAGGGCUCGAAGCAACUCUCUCUGCGUUCAAGAAUAUCAACACCGAGCUCGAAAACCAGAGCGGCUCGCGGUCAUCAGACGAGGCGCGAAGAUCUCACAAACGUAAGCGCGUUACUGAUGAUGCCGAGGUUGGGACCAGCUUCAACCCGAAGUACCUCACCAGCCGGGAUCUGUUUGAUCUGGAAGUGAGCGAUACAGCAUUCAGAAGGCAUGUUCUGGUGCAAGCCCUCAUUCUUAUCGAUUUCAUGCUGUCACUUACACCCAGCGCCAAGUCCCGCUUGGUCGACUUGACGAACAAAUCUGUACUCUAUGGGUUCGUCUUAAGUGAGGACGAUGCGAAAUGGGCAACCAGCAUGAGGAAGAGCAUUGAAGGAUACCUUCGCCAGGGUGCCGGGGGGAACUUUUAUUUCCGCAUGGUCGAUACUGUCUUGUCCAGGGACAAGAAUUGGGUGCGCUGGAAAGCUGAAGGAUGUCCACCAAUUGAGCGACCUGCAGUCUUGGUGCCGGAAUACAUAAAGGCACGAGAGCAUGCAACCAAAGCCUAUGCCAACAAGCGACUUCGACCUUCGCCAAUGGGAUCUCUAGACCUGAGCUUCCUGUCCGAUACUGAGGCGUUGGCCAACAUCGAGCGGCUCAAGGAACCAGACCGCUACUCAGUUCCCUCUGCAGACUCCUUCAUGAUGGGUAUCAUGGACGACGACAUGGACAUCGAGAUGGCCCAGACCCCGGACGACAAGGAUGCUGCAUUAAGAGCCAAGUCCAGCAAGUCUUGGCGCAUCCUCCGCCUGUCAGCAAAGACAAAGCUUGCCGCAUUCGACAAGAUCGAGGACGGGAACAAUCUCCAGGCCCUGUUCGAGAGCCCGGAAGCACCGUCAGAGACCCCCCAGCCUGGUGAAGGGGCUGAGAGCACUGCUCAGCCACCCGAGGACGAGGCCGGUCAAGAUACAGCUACCAAAGAGACCUCAUUCGGCGGGGACGGCGCACAAGACGAAGAGAUCAAGGAGAUCCCUGUCGCGAACAUGAGCCAAAACGUCACCGACGACGCCCAAUCACCAUCAAAGCCCGAACUCCAGUCAAAUGCGCCUACCGAAGAGAAUACGAACGACGAGCCAAACACCGUCGCUUUUAGCGUGGCUUCCGGAGAUAAUCCCAAAGGGGACACGGCGACGUGA